AUGAAAGUAUCACAAAUUUUGGUUUCUGCUGUCUCUGUUUUCGGCUUCGCUGCUAGCGUAAACGCCCAAAAUGCUUCCAACACCACUAGCAAUGCAGCCCCUGCAUUGCACGCACAGAACGGUCAACUGUUGAAUGCUGGAGUUGUCGGAGCCGCAGUCGGUGGUGCUCUGGCCUUUUUAAUUUAA